CGUUCCUGGACUUCGCCACCGUGGACGGACUGGGGGCGGCUCAGGCUCUCACCUGGGACUUCCACCUGGUGUCCCUCGAGCCUGGCAACCACACGCUGACUUUCUUCAUGGAGAACGAGGUGUCCAAUGCCACCUUCACGACAUGGGUGCUUCUGGAGGAGGGCCUGGCGAACAUCUCGGCUACGAUGGGAUGGGACUUCGAUGGCACGAUCCUCCCGGGCCUCGGAGACGCUGGGAACUCCUUCUUGUCCAACGAGACGAUCGUCUUUACCCCUUCCUCGCUCUCAGGUUCUGCAUACAAAUGGCGCUUGACGUUGCUGCCCUCGGGAGAGAUCGCUACGAGACCACCCUCGGGAAUGAGACGCUGCAGCACAUGUACACGGAGGACGGCGAGUACCAGGUGAUGGUGUCAGGCUACAACCCGGUGCAGGGAUGGAUCCACUCCGACCCCUUCAACAUCACCAUCCUCACGGAGAUUCAAGGCUUCGAACUCACGGAUGACGGGAAUGUGCUCGAACCAAACGUGACCAAGAUCGUAACAGCCUCGUUCCUGGUACUGCCUCCGCUGUCCUGCCUGAUGGUGGACCUCGGCGACAACAGCUCGCAAGUCACCUUCGGAUACGAGUCGAUGUGCAAGGCAAGAUACCCGGACGCCAUUUACAGGACAGUAUACAGCAAUCCUCUCGAUAUUGAACACGUCUACAACGACGAAGGCAUCUACAAGGUGCGUGGCAUCGCCUGGGACCCCCGCGUCACCCUCACCAUGGAGCUGCAGGUGGUGAUCGCCGACGUCCCCUGCAUGAUGCCCGUGGUCUCCGUCGUCGAGAAGGUGCAGUUCCCGCAGUCGGCGCCGGACGUCUGGCGCUCCAUGGGCUUCCAGCGCUCCACCGUCGCCACGAUCAACUGCACGAGGACGGUGCCUGUCAUUCGGUGGUGGACGGUGACGAUGGUGGACAAGUGGACAGGCGAUCCACUCAAGGACGUCCUGGUGGAGAACGUAAUCUCGUCAUGGAACUACUCUCAGAUCAACAUCCCGGCCCUCUUUCUGCAGAUCGGCGUCUACAAAUUGACGUACUACCUCACCCUCGAGUGCUCCAAGAUCUUCCCUCUCACCAGGAGCGACUUCACACACGUCGAGAUCAUCGCUUCCCCGCUACAAGCAGUUAUCAUGCAGGGAUCAGUUAGCGCCAUUAGCCGAGGGACACUUCAGUCCGCGUUGCUUGACCCUGGAUCGCUGUCCGUUGACCCCGACGCGCCCAAGGAUAAGAACUUCAACAUAACGUGGUGGUGUCGCCAAGUUAGCCCGAUCGAAGAGAUUCACCAACUGGCUGGAAACGGCUUCCCAGUGGAAUACAAUGAACAAGAGGUGCCUCCGGCCUGGGAUGUGUAUGGCAUGGAGGGCGGAGGGUGCUUCGCCAAGGGCCAUGUGAACGUUGCUACUUGGAAACAGCAUCAACCUGAAGAUGGCAACGUUUUCUCAUCCGGAAACGAUCUACGAAGUGAUGGUCAGGGUUGCCAAGGACACGAGGGUUGCCCACGCUGCGGUCGCGAUCGAGGUCAUGACCUAUCCUCCGCCCACGGUUUCCAUCAGGUGCAAGGACCCCCACUGCCUGCGUGCCCUACCAAGAUGGCGUCCUCAUCAACCCGUCGAACCGGCUGGCACUAG